CCUCUGCUGUCUAAGCCGGCUGCUCCGGUCCAUUCCUUACCACUCUUUCCACACCCUCCUCCUCCUCCUCCUCCUCCUCCUGCUCCUCCCGUUGGUGCUCUGCCUUUCUCCCCUCUAUAUACAUCAGCAUGUCUUCAGUACAGGUAGCGAUAUACGGUCUGUGAAGACGACAUCCCGCUUAAUAUUCUGGACACGGGAAGGGGUGUUGAAACCAGGAGAAGACUCCAGGCAGGAGGAUCGCUUUCGGGGGAAUAAAGAGCGAAAAAGGACAUGUGGGCCACUGACAGCAUCGUUGCUCGCCUGUUGGGCUGCUUCCCCAGUCAUUUUUGCUUUAAUCCCUGGUGCUGAACAUCGCGCCGCGCAUCUCUGUAUGAGGGGAUGCCUGAGAAAAAGCGAGAUCGGCGAGGUAAAGUCUUGGAGCCGUCAACGGAUGUUUUUUGAACCCUGCAGUGAAUCAAGACGCCAGCACAUCAUUAAGGCUGAACUGUAGCCGGAACAGUCCAGAAGCCUCAGAGAGCCCUUGCGGUUCCUGUGCCCUGCUUUAGCCAGUGCCUGGAUUGCUGAGAACCUCCUGGGCAUCCUUGUCCUAGGAGUGGUGUUCAUGUUGCUCUUUUUGGCUGGCAGACCUGGGCGCCUGCAGGAAGCUCCGCACAGGCGUGAUGACCUGACCGUUCCAUCCUGAGCACCACCCCUUUAACCAGCCUGGCCACUUCCAGCGAGCCCCUCUGAUUGGUUUCAGAUAGAGUGGGUGGGUUCUCUGUCUGCAGGAAGCUUUGGAUUGGGUAGCGUGGCGGACGGGGGCGAUGCUGAUUGGAGGAUGUCGGGCGACUGGGAUGAAGACAUAUGUAAGAAGGCCCUCAUGCUGGUGGAGGAGCUGUGCUUCCACAUGCCCGGUGGUUACAGUCAAAACGAGCGCUGCCAGGAGUUCAUCUACCUGCUGAGAGGCCGCAACCGGCAGGUGGACACAGAGAUCUCCGUCAGCCUCCUGUCCGUCAUCGUCACUUUCUGCGGCAUCGUACUGCUCUCCGUCUCCUUAUUUGUCUCGUGGAAACUAUGUUGGCUACCCUGGCGGGACAAGGAAGGCGGGGGCCUCAGCCUGACCUCAGGGCUCCUCCCAGGUGGGGGGGGGCUGGGCAGCUCCUCCCUGCUGCCCCCGCUCCUGCAAAGGAAGGAUACGCACUCGUCCUCCUCACUCUUCCCCUCCCUUCAGCCCACCCAGCAUCACCCAAACUUGUCUGACCUGCUAGGCGGGGCUGAGAGGGCCGAGGGUAUUGCGGGGGGUCCUGAGCGGCCCCCUAUUGGAGGCGUGGCCGGUGUCCCACAAGACCUGCAGGAACACGCCUACUUGGACAUGGACUGCUACCCUAACACCACUGGGGGGGGGCUGAAGCUGAGCCACACCUCCCCGGAGCUGCCCCCAGCGUCCGAAACAAGCUGCGCCCCACAGCCCCCCAGAGAGCUGCCUAACACCCAGCCCCAGCAGCAGGUGGUGGCCCGGUCAGUGCUGCCCAGUAGCCCCCGGCCAAUAAACCACCAGCUCCCCAGCCCAGAUUUCCAUGCUGAGGAGAAGAGUGAGCAGGUGACAAGUAUCGGGCAGAUCAAGCCAGAGCUGUACAAGCUGCGCCAGGCUGAGCAGGGUGAGGGCAAACCUGGAGAGGCCUGCGGAAAAAUCAGCUUCUUGCUGCGUUACUCCUACAACACUGAGCAGCUAGUUGUCAAGAUCCUGAAAGCUCUGGACCUUGCAGCCAAAGAUUCCAAUGGCUUCUCUGACCCUUACGUGAAGAUCUACCUGCUCCCAGACAGGAAGAAAAAAUUUCAAACUAAGGUCCACAGGAAGACCCUCAAUCCUGUCUUCAAUGAGACAUUCCAGUUUAGCGUCCCGUUUGCUGAGCUUCAUUCCCGGAAGCUGCACUUCUCCGUCUACGACUUUGACCGCUUCUCCAGGCACGACCUCAUUGGGCAGGUGGUUGUGGACAACCUGCUGGACUUCAGUGAGGGACUGGGUGAGAAGCCGGUAUGGAGGGACAUCGUGGAGGGGACCUCGGAAAAGGCGGACCUGGGCGAGCUGAAUUUCUCCUUGUGCUACCUGCCCACAGCUGGCAGACUCACGGUCACCAUCAUCAAGGCCUCCAAUCUGAAGGCCAUGGAUCUCACUGGCUUUUCAGACCCAUACGUGAAGGCCUCUUUGAUAUGUGAGGGCCGGAGACUCAAGAAAAGAAAGACGUCCAUAAAGAAGAACACUCUGAACCCGACCUACAAUGAGGCCCUGGUGUUUGACAUCCCUCACGAGAACAUCGACAAUGUAUCCAUCAUCAUAACUGUCAUGGAUUAUGAUUGCAUUGGCCACAAUGAGGUGAUAGGGAUGUGUCGUGUGGGGGGGGACGCUGAGGGCCCCGGCCGGGAGCACUGGACUGCCAUGCUGGGCAACCCCCGUAAACCCAUCGAGCACUGGCACCAGCUGGUGGAGGAGAAAACAAUGAACACCUACGUGUCCAAGAGCGCGAUGGCCUCCAGCAAGCCUCAUAUUGUGGUGGAGAGUCCACACUCAGAGUAGAGAGCUGACCCCGGGACUGCCACUGAACACGCCGCUGAACACGCCGCUGAACACGCCGCCUGGAGGACUUCGACCGAUCAAACACACACAUGAACAGCACACACAGUGGGAUGUACAUUUACAGUCACGGGAAGGCGUGUUUGAGGGUGACGGUCCUUUGUGGAUCAGGACCCACGAGGGACGUCUUAACUGUUUCUAACUGCCUCAUUUCAUUCCAGGGGACUGUCUGUCACUCCUCGGAUGGACUCACUUCCACGAUUCACACGUGUAAAUAUAUACACACAUGAAGCACAUUGACAUGUAUUCAUCAUUUACCAGGAAUCCAUUUACUGUUUAUCAUUGGCUUUUAACAUUAAAAGCCUUUCAUACUAGCAGAAUUAUUAAGUGUGGAAGAAAUUAACCAUAGAACUGAUGUGUUGUGGUCUUCCUCCCAUUUGAACUAAUCGGUGGAUCUCACUCAUCAGGGGGAACCAUAUUUGCCUUGACUUUUUGCCCGGGGGACCCAGAAAAUGAUGCACCUGCUUGCUUGUCUUCAGAAGCUGUAGAAACAAAACCCUUUGGACAGAAUUUCACUUAAUAUUUUAUGUUUACCUUUAAAUUGAAUAGUCUCUUGAACACCCUCUUUCAUUUCAAAAGAAAACACCGUAGGGUGUGUAGGGUGGGGGGUGUCGCCGUUUUCUGUGUGUAUCUCUGUGCUUGUGUAUCGCGUGUGUGUAUCAGUCUGUGCGUCUCUGUGUUUUGUGUCACCUUGUGUGUGUCUCUACCGUUCACUGUGUCCCCCUCCACCCCAUCUUGGAGUGAAGCUAUUGUUCAGUCUGUGUUUGUGUGUAGACCUCAUACCCUAACUGGGGGGGGGGAGGGGGGGGCAUCUCCCAUUCAGGCACUACCCAGAGCCACACCCAUAUGCAGACAGCUCUGCCCUGGGCCUCUGUGUAAGUGUGGUGGCCCUCUGUGUAAUUUCACAAGCCCUGAUGUGUGUUCUGGUGUGAGGGCAAACGAUUGAUUUGCCAAACCAGCAAAAGCCAACAUGAGCCUGGGGAAGGGGGUGGGGGGAUCUUCAACCAGUGAUUCAGCUACUAUAGUGUGACCCCCAGAUAAGCAAAUGUUCAUGUUUAGAUUCAUAUUUCACUGGAAUAAUUUAACCCAUGUGCAAUGGUACUGUCCAACCUGGCACUUUCGUCACAGCUUUGGUAUUACCUGUCGGUGUGAUGUCACUUGUCUGUCCCCCAGCUGUCUGUGUGAUGUCACCUCUGUCCCUGAGCUGUCUGUGUGACAUCACCUGUCUCCCACGUAUGUGUGUGACAUCAUGUGUCUGUGAUGUCAGCUGUGUGUCAUUUUUGUCCCCCAGUUGUCUGUGACGUCAUAUGUUACUCUCACCCCCUUCUCCUUUGUCCCAGUGGCUCAGAAAGGCUUUGGUGAAACAUGUUUGCAUGCUCACAUCAGCAUGAAUGAUGUCAGUUCCAGACAAUGAAAAUAUGAUUCUCAAAGAAAGUCAUAAGAAACUUACUGUACCAGGACUACCAAUGAAUACUUAAAAAAAGUCAUGAUUACCAGGAAGAAAACAUUGUUAGUACUGUAUAGUGUAAAAUACUGUAUCCUCAAAAUGGUAUUUCUGAUUGUUAAGUUGUUGUGGAUUUUUAAAAUUUCCUUUUAAAUGGACUUUUUUAUGAGUUGAAUGUUUUGAAACAGAGACCAGCAGUGAAUUUGUGGAAUUGACCAGUUUUCGCAGUGUCACUAAUAGCGAGUGUGGCUGUGUGUCCAAGCUGAAAUAAAGAUGAUGAUGACA